GCGAGAGAGAAAGAGAGAGAGCCAGUGGGGAGGAGGUGAAGGAGAAGAGGAGAGGAGGAGGGGUGGCGAUAGGAGAGAGGAACAGACAUGGCUUCUAAAGAGAUCCCUGCCUCCGGUUUCCUAAGUGUGAGCAAGGAUAUCACAGAAAGCAUCAGGAAGAUUAUCGAUAAAUCGUCAAUCAAGUUUGUUCACGGGAUUAAGCUUGACACCAAAAAUGGCAAAACCGAGGACAGAAUACUGGUCCUUGCAACAUGGCGUCUCUAUUUCCUGCCGCCAAAGAUUCCCGCUAAGGUAGAAACCACGUUCAACUUCUUGGAGAUUCGAGCUUUGAAUUCCCACCCUGAGCACCAGGUUAUUAUCGACACUGACAAGUCCAGCUACUCCCUGAGGUUUGAGUCACGCGAAAACCUCAAUCAUGUGGUGAGCCAUAUUAAUUUGGCUCUGUCUCGAAUAUUCAACAACUCCAUUUUUGCCCCUUCCAUCUGUCACUCAGACAGUGACCUUUCUGAGGGGAGCAGGAAGUAUUCACCCAGCUCAGAGACGUCAGUGGAAACCCAGAGGGCUUGUGGAGGCUUCUCGGAGACAUACGCCGCUCUGUGCGACUAUAAUGGCAUCAGCUGCAAGGAGGAAGUGCAGUGGGAUGUGGACACCAUCUAUCACUCCCAGGACAGCCGAGAGUUUAACCUGCUGGACUUCAGCCACCUGGAGAGCAGGGAUUUGGCGGUGAUUGUGGCAUCGAUGGCAUACAACACCUGGUUCACUAAACUGUACUGCAAAGACCUGCGGAUAGGGUCAGAGGUCACCGAGCAGGUCCUGCACACUGUCAGCAAAUCCUCCAGCCUGGAGGAGAUCACGCUGGAGAAUGCUGGGUUAAAAUCAGACUUUCCACAGAAGAUGUCGGCUGCUCUUUCAGAGAACCCUGCUUCUGUCAUCCACUCGCUCAACUUGGCCCACAACUCACUGGACAACCAAGGUGUGUCCAACCUAAUUCAGCAGGUGUGUCGCCUCAGCAAGGGACUUCGUCUCCUCAACCUCUCCAAGACCUCGCUCACCUCCAAAGGAGUGGUGUCUCUCUCUCAGGCUCUGUGCUCCAGCGAUGAGUACUCCAACUCUCUCCUGCACCUGGACCUGAGCAAGAACCCCGGGGUCCUCUCAGGGGAGGAUGCCUCGAAUUUGUAUCUCUUCUUGUCUCAGCCCAACUGCCUGGUCCAUUUGGAUCUGUCGGGCACAGACUGCUCUGUGGACUCACUAUUUGGGGCUCUUCUGAGGGGGUGUUGCGCUGAUCUUUCCUUUCUGAAUCUUUCCAAAAAUUCUCUCUCGCACAGGAAAGUGAAGGACACGCUGCCGCUGUUCCGUCAGUUCUUCAGCUCGGCCUUCAGCCUCACUUAUGUCAGCCUGGCCUCUAUGAAGCUGCCCCCCGAUGUUCUGAGGGCUCUGCUAACAGGGUUAACCUCCAAUCCUCAUAUCAAUGAUCUACAUCUGGAUCUCAGUGGCUGUGAGCUAAGGUCUGCAGGAGCUGCUGUAUUCCAGGAACUCUUCCCCAGAGUCUCCGCUAUCGGCACUCUGGAUAUAUCAGACAACGGUCUGGAUGUAGACCUGCUCACUGUACUGCCGGCCCUCUCCAGACACCCCUCCCUCAAACACCUUCAUCUGGGCAAGAACUUCAACAUCAAAAGCAGGGUUCUGGAUGAGGUCCUGCAGAAGCUGGUUCAUCUCAUACAGGAGGAGGAAUGCGCCCUGCAGUCUCUGUCCCUGGCCGACUCGCGCCUGCGCUCUCGGGGCACCGUGCUGGUCAACGCCCUGGGCAGCAACACCUGCCUGAGAAAAGUGGACCUGAGCGGGAACAACAUGGACGACAUCGGAGCCAAGAUGCUGAGCAAAGCCCUGCAGAUCAACACCACGCUCAGGAGCGUGACAUGGGAUCGCAACAACACCUCCGCGGCAGGAUUUCUAGAUGUGGCCCGAGCACUUGAACAUAAUUUCACAUUGCAGUACAUGCCUCUACCGCUGAGUGACAUCAGCCAGGCGUACCGCAGCGCCCCUGAGAGGACAGAGCAGGCACUGACCAAGAUCCAGCGCUCUCUGGUGAGGAACAACCAGACACAGCGCUUCUCUCAGAGGCAGGCUCUGCGGCUGCACCAAGGACUGGUCACCAGCACUGCCGAGCAGGUGAUGGAGCGCCUCUGCGUGCGCGUCCAGCAGCAGGUGUGUGUGCUGCGAGGCGUCGGAGAGAUGGAGGAGAUUCAAGCUGCUAAACAAGUGUUAAAAGAGGCCAGGAACUCCCGUGCUCUGUACCCCUCCCUGUGCGAGCUGGCUCAUGUGCUGUCUGUGGACGGGCCAGUGCGACAGAGACUGGACUCUCUGGCCGGUGAACUCGCCAAAGCCGCGGACAAGGAGCUUCAGGUGAUCGUGGACUCUAUGGUGUCUCUCUGUCGCGAGCUCUGCCCUUUGUCGUCUUCUGCGGCGGAGAGGCUGAGUCCUCCACUCUCAUCCGUCUCCGAGCGCGUGUCCAUCCCUCGCUCGGCCAUUCGGACCGCUCUGAUGGAAAGAGCGGCGCAGGACAUCCACCGAGCCUUGGAAGAAGUGAAGCUGUCGGUGGUUUCCUACCUCACCAACUCCAUCGUGGACCAGAUCCUGCAGGAGCUCUACGCCACCCAUAAGACCCUGACUCGGCAGGUGUCUCAUGUGAAGCACUGGGAGGGGACGUGUAAAGACGGGACAGGCUGGAGGUUCAACAGACACAGAGACUCUCUGGACAUCACAGACGAGGAGCUCAGCACCAGCAUAGACACAAUAGCCAUUAAGAAGCGCAGCUCGAGAACAAGACGAAUACGACCUGUCUCCACCAGGCUGAGUCUGUGUGACGACUCCAGCUCCUCUCCACCCCCGUCCGUGCCAUCGUAUUCCUCGCCACUGUCCCGCUCGGCAUCCUGGGAGGGCCUGUCAGAGCUGCCUACGCAGGGUCUGCCUCUCCAUCAUGUGACGCGGGUUCGGCCGAGGCCUCCGCGGAGGCACAAAGGAGGGCACAUCCCUGCUGAGACUCAUUGCAGUGAAAAUGGAGGAAUAAGCCCUCUUGAUGAUGGACUCCCAGAUUUCUACACUAAAAGAGUGCUCCCCGACAGUCAGCUCUCGUCUCUGCACAAAGCUCACUCGCUGAGGAGGAAGAAGAGGAGAAACAUGCUGGCCAUCUUCGGUUUCCGUAAGAACCGCAACCAAACUUUGUCCAAUCAGGGGCCGGAGUCCGAAGCGGAGGUUUAUGGAGACGGGUGUCACGUUGUUGCUACAGCACCCACAGGGUUUGUGUAUGCACAAACACAACACGCGCGCACUCUCCUUUUUGAAAGGACAGCCACAGAGAACGUGUACACGCUCCUUCAGCCGCCGAGAGCCGCCGCCAGAGCCGGAUCCCCGGGCGAAGGGGCUGAUGGGAGAAUGAACGAUCACCAGGGUAAAAAUACUCUCGUUUUGAGUCCGCCACCAGUGCCGGGCAUCCCUCACCCGAAUGUGGGAGGAAGCAAACACCCCUUUUAUUCUCCCAGAGAGAUAUCUGAAGUGGACUCUGUGUUUGAACAUCCGUUGGAGACAGACAAGUACUGCGUGGACGACAAACACAGGACAACAGACGCGCUGCACGCAGACAAGCCGAGGAUAGAAGCGAGGCAGGGAGACCAUCACGUAGAGAGACAGCGGUUCGACAGCAAGCUGCAAGAAAGAUCGCUUGGAGAGACGAGGACAGCCGACAGACAAACCGACAAGUACUGGACUGAGAGUAGACACCCGGACCGACACAUGGACAGACAGUGGACUGUUGACAGACACACCCAGCGGCAGAUUGACAGAAAGAUAGAGAGACAGUGGAUGGGCGGCAGACAGAUAGACAGGUCGUGGUCGGAGAACAGGCCGACGGACGUACAGGUGGACAGCCAGUGGACCGAGAGCAGACACGGAAGCAGGAAGACAGAGAGACAAGCGCAGGCGCUUCAUUUGGCUCAUAGGCCGCUGCCUCCAUACCCGUCGGACAGGACGCCUUCGCCGAAGCAGGAAACGGAUCCUCUGAAAAGCGCAGAGGCGGCUGCUACAGACUGGCAUCAGCAGGACGCGCAGGGAGACAGACAGAUGUGUCCCGACGCCGGCGGAGGCUUCACGGAGGGAUGGCGGGGCGGCGGCGGAGGAGGAGGGCGAGCCCCUCCCUGCGCUAAACCCGAUCCCCCGCCGCAGAGCAGCAAACCCAACCUGUCCAAACUGAGGCAGAGACAUCGGCUCGAGAGCUCAGACGCUCUACGAGGUACAGAGGAGGAAGCAGAUGUAGACAAGUAUCCUGGAAAGAUGGAAAAGAAAGAGAGAGAAAAAAGAAGAGACUCGGAGGGUCAACCGCCUCCGAUUCCAGAAAAGCCAAAGACGUCCUCGUAUGUGACUUUUCCAAAAGAAUCAGCCAAUGAGAGGAACUUACCUCCUCCUCCUGUGCCGCCUCCUGUUAACAAGCCUGUGCAUGGAUUACCAGACAGAGCUGCAAGUCAAGGUGAAGAAGGAUUGAGACCUCAGGCUCCAGUGAAACCACAGAGACACAGAAAGGCCAUGUCUUGCGACGCAGGCACUGACAGGGAAAGCCCUAAUAACGUUGAGAAGCCCCCAAAUCGCAAACCCCCCGUGAAAAAACCUAGACUACCCCAAAACAGAAAUAAGUCACUGGACUUGUCUGACAGCCUAAACUCAGCCUCUGGUCACAGCGAGCUGUUGUGAUGACUGGGAAAUUCACCCGCCGCUGCCCUGCCGAAGCGAUGUCAUGACAACCGUGGCGCAUUUAACCCGACGAGGAAACAAAGAAAACC